AUGCAAGGGCGGGCUUAUGACAAGGUGCUCAUGGCGGCCCCAGCCCGCGUCUCAUCCUCUUCCAACCCCGAUUCAUGCACGAUCUUCAACCCUUCUCAUCCAUUCUCUGUAGCAACGUCUUCAAGUGCUGAUGGCCGUGCCAAGGAGGAAGGGAAUGGUACCACCAUCGCACCUCCUCUGAUUGAGAUCCUGGAUGCAUCAAAGCGCCAGAGACCAAUUUACCCCUACAUCCCUGGGGCAUCAAAUGCGGAAGAUUACGUCAAUUAUGUUCACAGGAAAGUUGGGAUACAUGUCAAACAGACAUCAUGCACCAGAAUCAUCAGUAUGAUGAGAUUCUUGCAAGACAUGCUCGCCGAGGGGACUGUUCAGUUUGUCACAAGUAAUGACGAGUCUCAGGUUUCCGUAUUUGGAUUUACCGUGAUGACCGCAACACAACCGGAAUUUAACCACAAAGUCAAGGAUUUCAUCAGCUCCAAUCCGUACUGGGUUCGCUUGAAUGGACGAGAAACAAUAAAAAGGCCUACGCAACAAGUUUACGAAUUGUUCCGCCAGCUUGGCAUCGUUCCAGUUCGCGGAACACGCGGGCUACAAGAAAAGGAUGAAGACAAGAGGGAUUUCUUGCUCGCAACAACGUAUCAAUUCAGCCGCAUCAAGCUCAUCCGUGCGCGCGAUCGCCUGAGGCCGAAUGGGAUCUCGUAUCUGCAGAACUAUCGCCUCUUGUCUGUCGGGCCGGAGGACAUGAACGCUUUCCAUGAUGACGUCGAAAGUAUUGCGUCGGUUGCUCCUGACAGCUCCGAAUGUAGCGAGCAUGGUGAUGGUGUCUCCAACCAAAACGGUCCUUUACUAUCCCCGGUACAGCCUCGGCAAACAUCGCAAUGGCAUGCUUUGAUGGGCCUUUUGGAAGGAAGCAAGAACGACUUGCUGCACGAUUGCAAUCACAAUCCUGCAUCAAACUCUGAAUCUUCUCCACUUGACAACCAUGGACAAUCUUGA